UCAACUGUUAAUAAAUUAUGUUGUCUCUUUCCAAGGAUUACUACGGAAUUACAUUCCCUGCUCCAGCAACCUUGACAGGCAGAGAUGGGAGCCUUGCUAACAACCCAUACUCAGGUGAUGUAACAAAAUUUGGCCGUGGAGACUCUGCCUCUCCUGCUCCUGCGACCACGCUGGCCCAGCCACAGCAGAACCAGACACAGACUCAUCACACCACCCAGCAGCCCUUCCUCAACCCRACCCUGCCCCCAGGGUACAGCUACACUGGGCUCCCUUACUACGCUGGAAUGCCCGGUGUUCCCAGUGCAUUCCAGUAUGGGCCAACCAUGUUUGUACCUCCAGCAUCUGCUAAACAGCAUGGAGUCAACCUGAACACGGCGUCGACUCCCUUCCAGCAGGCGAGUGGCUACAACCAGCACAGCUACGGUGCAGGCUACGAUGACUUAACGCAGGGAACGGCAGCUGGAGAUUACAGCAAAGGAGGCUACAGUGGGUCAUCUCAAGCACAAAACAAAUCUGCUGGCUCUGGACCUGGGAAAGGUGUUUCUGUGACCUCAAGUAACACGGGUGUGCCUGAUAUCAGUGGCUCAGUCUAUAACAAGACUCAGACGUUCGACAAGCAGGGAUUCCAUGCUGGCACUCCGCCUCCCUUCAGCCUGCCUUCUGCUCUYGGAUCGACUGGGCCCCUGAACCCUGGUGCUGCCCAGGUUAUGCUCCAGCCCCGUUUCUCCAUAUCCUCCCUGCACAUCAGCAGCCUCAUUCCCAGAUGCUGCAUCACCACCUUCAGCAGGAUGGGCAGGGUGGAUCUGGCCAACGCAACCAACCCAGCACCAUGCAGCAAAAGUCUCAGGCUACCAAAACCGCCUAUGGCACUUCUCCAUACUGGACAAACUAAAUCCGAAACCGGGGAGGGGGGAGAGAAUGAAAGAAGAGGAGGAAGAAAGAAAAAGAAAACAAAUUAAAUGAGAAAAAAGAAAAUAAAAGCCGAUGCCCAUUCCUGGAAUUAUUAGGAAAAGUAACUGCUCAGCCAAACGUCUGUGCGGGGAGAACUGCAGCCAGCCAGCCAUCCUCUAUGUGACUCGCCUGCUUCCUCUUUGAGUUGCUGUUAUAUGUAAUAUAUUUAUGUAUGUAUUUGUAAAUGUAAUAGAGCCUAAAUGUGGUUUUCUGCAUCUUGCAGCCUGUUUUAUUUUCUUUGUAGGAAAACUAAUUAUUCAUUUUCCAUCUGCACCAGGGCAUCCUUCUUUGUUUUUUAUUUUAAGCUCUAUGGGUUUUGUAAUUCCUGUCAAAAACAAACUGCGCCCUUUUUUUUUUUGGAGCUGGAGCCCAUUUAUUUAAUGCAGUUCUAAAUUCAGACAAGUAAGGAGACCUGCCCUUCAAAAAACCCAAAUCAAGAAGUGUCCCGUUGGUUUGAUUUCACCCCCCCCCGACCCCCAAUAUGGCUGUUAUCUUAGAGGGGGAAAAUAAAAGAAAGAAAAAAAAAUGUUUUGUGGGCCUUCCCCUUUCUUUCAUUUCCUCCCUCCCUCUUGCUGUGGAAGACAUGCUCUUGUGGGCAGUUUCAUCACUGUGGCCUUGAGCUGCAGUCUCAACUUCUAAUUUUUCAAUUAUUUCACAAUAAUUAAAAAAGAAAGGAUAUGGUUUUAUUUUUUGUUUGUGGGGGAUUUUUUUGUUGUUCRUGUUGUUUUUCUCUAGCAAGAGACUUUGGAUGGCUCAGUGUGUCCUGGAACCUCCUUUGCAUCAUUAGAGGCAAAAACUAUGUAGCGGUUUCUUAAAUAAAAGUAUAAGCUGUG